UUCUAUUUUUCCAGUGGCGCCGAAGGUGAAAUGCACGCCGACGGAGAUGCGCGUGGAAGUGCCCAUCUCGCCCACCACCAAGGGGGUGUACAUCGCGGGCCUCAGGGACUACCCCGACCCUGCUUGCAGGCCGCACACCGAUCCCACGGGAAAGUUGGCUGUGCUGGAGCUCGAUCUGACGGAUGUCUAUAGAUGUGGCGUCACCAGGGUGGUCAACAAGCAAACGGGCAAGCAAAUAUUCUACCAAACGCUGGUAAUAGACCACUUAGAGGAAACCGAAGGAAGCCCAACGAAACACGAGGUUCGUGAGACCCUGCACGUCAAAUGUUCCAUGCUGUCCGUAAAGAAUCACACAAUUAGUAAGAGAAAUGUUUUGCCGGCUGGAUUUCGCGAACCAGAAGAGAUAGAAAUCAUGAUCACUAACUCGACUACCGGAAGGGCCCCGGAACCAAUCCUCGGGGUAGGCGUGCGACAGGACGGGAAAUUGGUGACAGGUGAACUGAACGUGUCGCCAGGGACGCCUCUCCAGAUGGAAAUCUUCCUAGACAAGGUCUCGGCGCCUAUCUACGGACUCCUGGUGACGCACAUGCAAGUUACCGAUACGAAGGCACAGGAGGAAACCAUUAUUUAUAACGGGUGCUCUGUGGACCCCUACCUGUUCGAGAAUUUCAACACGGUGGACGGAGACUUUUUGGCAGCGAAAUUCCGCGCAUUCAAAUUUCCCGAGUCCACGUACGUCCAGUUCAAAGGGACCGUGAAUGUGUGCCUGGACAAAUGCAAAGGGGUGGAGUGCAGCGACGGACAAAUCGGAUACGGACGACGAAGGCGUUCCAUCCCCACUCUCCCUGCGGAUCCCAACAGGAUAUUCGAAAUAACAAUCACGUCUUUCAUCAAAGUUGGCGCUGACGGCACUGAAGAAGUAUUCAAGGAGGAGGAAAAAAUUUACGACAAUAAGUUGAUAGUUGGAAACCAGAUGACCGAUCUUAAAGAUAAAACGUUCUAUAGGACUGACCGCCCAAAGGAGGUUCUCGAACUGACCGAAGAGAAACAAUACACGUCAAUCUUUGCCGCCGAGAGUUCCUCGACAACAUGUAUUGUAGGAUUUACGGUUCUGUUAACUGUAAUCAAUUUAUUUUUGUAAAUAGUUAGGCUACAUUGUGUGCAGGCUCAAAAUUUUUUAAUUUUAUACUACGAAUAAUACUGUAAAUACGUCUGUGAUAAUAAGAUUUACGAUACAUUACAAAAAGUCGAUGUCAUAUAAUUCUUUAGGUGGUUCUGCACAAUCCCUUUCUGUAAAUUCUUCCUCAACCGGGUAUUGCAUGGAUUGGUGAAUUUUUGGUAUGCUCCAGGCAGUAUUCCAACAAAAAUAUCGAAGUUAAUUAUUCCUUGAUAUCCUUGUAUCAAACUUCAGAGCAAAUAUUUCUCUUACAUAUUGAAUUACAAAUUCUGACGUAACCUAAAGGAUAUUUGCUCCGAAUAAAAUUUGCAUCACUGAUAUUUAGGAAAUCACCGAUUAUGUAAUACCAACUCUCCUCUACUUGCCUAAAUUUGGUGCUGUUGAAGGCAGUGAAGAUGUAAAUAGCACGAAAUUUAUGUAAAGCCAAAAAGACGACCUACUGCAAAUAGAAACUAAUAAAACUAUAAUAAAAUAAUGCCAGCUUACAUUAACUAAAAGGCCAUUAAUUUAACGAGAUGCAUAGUGGUGUCAAAUGCUUCAAAUCCAGCUGUAUAUUUUAAGUUUCUCUACUUGGACGCGUCCUUUUACGACUCUAUCUAAGCUUCGUUAGUUAUUUAUUACCUUAUAACACGUUGCCACCUUGCACAUUCCUGUUAGUUUGACAUCACUGUUAGGUCUGAGUCUCAGACGCUUCUGCAGAAAGGUUGACAUACACGGUGGCAAAAAAAAGGUUAGCAAGAUCACGACGUCAUUACCUUCCUUCAAAAAUCGACCUAAGUUGAUCUUACACCAUUUAAAAGACAACUUAAACACAUAAUGCAAGGCAACAUAUCUAAGUAGGAAAGAUUUUAUCAAAAUUUGUAUUCUUGGAUUUCUUUUCUUCUUGUUAUAAUUGCUUAUUCUUCUAGUGCCAUCAUACAUCUCUACAUCAAAUGAUUUUAUUCUAUAAUUUUGAAUGAAU